AGCUUGAUUUAUCGAUUGGCUACAAACCCACAAACAGUUGUGAGCUACGAUGACGCAAACCGUAGUCGAAGUGCACUGGUUCCCGAAGUAUCCGGAUCGGUUCCUGACGACAGCCGGAUCGGAGAUCAAUCUUUACCAGGUCAAAAAUCGGGAUCUAAUCGAUCAUAGCAUUCAGACGAAUAUCAAUUUGGACAUUUCCAAGAGCACCACUGCCACUUUAAUUGCCUUCGAGACGCGAUACCAGUUUAUCCGGUCGGUAGCUCCUUCGUUUCACUCGACCGGGGAGAUACUGUUUGCGGCUGGGUUACCCAAUGGGAAGGUAGCGCUGUGCAAUUUUGCCACCGAAAACAAUGUGGAGUUCACUCCGAGAUUAUCACGCCCAUGUACGUGUCUUGCUUGGAGUGAAUUGGAGCCUAGUUUGCUGGCGAUGGGGCACGAUAGGAAUCGGUCCGACCAUUGCAUUACCAUAUGGGACACGGAACGGGGAGUUCCGAAUCAGUCAUCAAUCCUUCAAUUGAUUGGUUUGUCGGAAACCGCACACUCUAUUUGCUGGGAUAAGACGUUCCCACAGGUGCUGAUAGCCGGAAUGAGUCACAAGCACAUCAAAAUGAUGGAUUUCAGACAAAACCCCGCCAUCGUAACGUUGGCCAACGCCCGAACCGUCAACGGGCUCUGCAUCGCACCCAACGGUCGCUAUCUGUCCAGCUACGUGGACAACGUAAUCAACCUGUGGGACCUUCGUUCCCUAGAGAAACCCAUCAGCCAAAUCCAGAUGCAGAAGAACAUCACCCAUCUGUCGUGGUGCCCGACUCGGUCAUCGGUCCUAACCACCCUGCAGCGGGACUCACCACUAAUCAACCUGAUCGAUCUGCACUGGCCCGGAUCGGAAUCGGACGGCGGGGAACCGCAUUCCAUUAAGCGGUUCGUGUCUCCUUUUCAGUCCAGGGGCGGAAGCCGGAUGCCCACUAUGGGAUAUCUGUCGUGGCAUCCGUACGAUCUGGAGCGGAUGUUGGCCUUGUCGGGGACUGGGACGAUCUGCGAUUACCGAAUCCCACAGCGAGUGGCCAUUUCCUGGGACAAUAAUAACAAUUUGUACGGGAACAAUGGAAACGAGCUGCAACAGUUUACGUCACCUUCGCCACCGUCAUCCCCGACGGAUUCCUUGAACCAGUGGGACUGCGGAAUCGAUAGUUACGAAGAGGACAUCGCCGAAACGAUUCAGAAGAGGGCGAUGAAUAAUUACGGCCUUGCGGCAGAAAUGCAACGGAAUGGAGACCUUGCCGGAAGUGGAAAUCUUCGAGGAGUCUGGCGUUUGCUCGGUCACAUGAUCAAGGAAGAGUGUAAACUCGGCUUGAACACGAUCCUCGGAGUUUGUAGUGCUCCGGAUGGACCUGCCAUGUCUCGUUCAGACCCGGACAUGAUGAAGUGGUUGGACUUCAGCAUUGGAAGUGGUCUGGUUGUUUACCGCAGCGAACACCGAGAUACGGCCCAGCUGCUCUGUGGAUGGACAUUUGAUCGGAGCAAGGAAUCUUCGUUCCUUUCUUUCAUAGAUGAACUUUGCUCAAACAAGGAAUAUACCCGUGCUGCCCUGAUUGCUUGUUUCCACUUCCGAAUUAAGCAAGCCAUCGACAUCCUCGGUCGAGGAGCGGAACAAUCCGCUGACCCGAGUUCGUUGCUUCGAGUAGCCGCCAUAGCCUUGUCCGGGUUCAGCGCCGAGCGUUCCGGCUUGUGGCGAAAGCAGUGCGGCGCGGCAAGAACCCAGAUCGAUGACCCCUACCUCCGUUGCAUGUUCUCUUUCCUGGCUCAUGAAAAGGAUGGCUUCGAAACCGUGACCAAUGAAACGGAGAUAUCUCUCAGUGAUCGGAUGGCCUUCGCCUGCAACUUCCUGUCCGACCUCAAACUGGCAGAGUACAUCAAAGGUAUGGUGGCCAACUGCAUCGAAUCCGGUGACUUGAACGGCCUACUCCUCACCGGAGCCACCAACGACGGUAUCAAACUGCUUCAAAGCCAUCUCGAUCGAACCGAGGAUGUUCAAACCGUAGCCCUGAUUGCCGCUCGCUUCCUAACAUCAGACCUUCUAACCGACUACCGCGUCCAGUACUGGAUCUCCACCUAUCGGGAUCUCCUGGACAUUUGGGGUCUGUGGGAACAACGCGCCCAGCUGGACAUCACCCUUGGACGAAUUCGCUCUCCACCCCAGAAUUCCCGUUCCGUUUUUCUACUGUGCAAUUUCUGUGGCAAAAACGUGUCGAUGUCCCUCCAGGAGGAUGCCCGGGUUCGUACCAGUGCCGUGGCUGCCGUCAUGCAUAAGCUUUCGUCCUGUCCGAACUGUCGGAAACCGUUGCCGAGGUGUGCCCUCUGUUUGCUGCACAUGGGAACUACUAUGGGAGCGAUGUCGCAGGGUCACGGUGCUGCCCAAGGGCAGAUUGGCUGGCAAUCGAAGCCAUUUUCCAAGUGGUUUUCCUGGUGUCAGACCUGUCGACAUGGUGGCCAUACGGAGCAUCUGGCGGAAUGGUUCAACGAAAACACCGAAUGCCCGGUAACGUCCUGCAACUGCAAGUGCUUCGCCAAAGAUCUCCCGAUGCCUCAGUAUCCGCGCGAAAAAGACACGCUUUCCUGAUACCAGCUGGCCACAAUGUUCUAACUUUUCGUUUAUUGUUGUUAAUACCCCAGUCAGGUACGAUACUGUAUCAUUCGUUUUCCAAUUUGCUCAUUUUCUAUAUCGUUUGUUAUCGUGUACAAAGUGUUCUAUUAGGGUUACGCAUGGAUGACUUUUAUUCGAUUUAACGUUCUUUUUCCUAAAGACAUUACCUUUAUCAAAACUUACAUAUUUGUAAAGAUUUCAAACUAAUUAAAUAUUACAACACAUAA